AUGGCUCGCGUUUGGCUGCCGGCCGAACCUUCCAAUCCAAGUGAGAUUGAGGAAAUCCUCAGAUAUUGUAAUCCCUCACUUCCGACGCAGGACUGGAGAGUUUUAAGGCUGGAGAGGACUGAUGAGCCGUAUCGGCAAGCGCUGAUAAUGCUAAACACGGAAUCCAUCGGUCCUCUCAGCAAAACAAAGGGAGCCAUAAGCUAUGGUUUUGAGAUGGUAGUGCUGAAAGUACUUCCAUCUGAUGCCAAUGCUGAUGGCCCCCAAGCUGCGGUGGCUGCGGCGGAUGAAACAAGGGGUACUGACGGUCAAACGACCGUGGAAAUUGAUGCGUCAGAGGGCGCCGACGGCCAAAUGGCCGUGGAAGUGGUCGAUCCGAGUCUCUCGGAUGUGGCGAGUGUUAGGGGCGGUUCGUCGAUUGGCGACUCCGUCUUCAGCCUCGAACAACUGUUUGAGGAGGUUCGGGUCGAUUAUGACUUGGGCGCUGAAAUAGCGCUCCUGGAGGAAAAUCUGAAGGAUGAAAUUCCUCCAGAUUAA